GCUCUAGAAGUUUCCGUAAAGCCCUAAAAUUACAUGAAACAAAAACGUAAACUGGUUACAGCUUCAGCCUUCAGACGGAGUUUUUCGUAUUCUUACUCUGUUAUACAACGCUGCUAACGAUUUUAGCUGGAAACUGAAGAAUUGCCAAUGGCGGAAGAAUUGGCGCUGGAUUUGGAGGAGCUUCGCCAGCUUCAAAGCAUUGCAAAAAGGCCUCGGAUUGUCUCCCUCCUCUCCUCCGAGAUCCACAACUUGGAGAAGUUAUCUAAAGAUGCUGCUUCAGAAGCUAGUGCCCAGACUCCAGCACCGGCCAUGAAGAUGCCAGCAACCACUCCAUUGAACUAUGUUACACUUAGUUCAUUCAGCUGGGAUCAAGACAGUGACAAAAUCAAGAUAUAUGCUUCUUUAGAGGGAGUUGAGCAAGAGAAGGUGGAGACUGUGUUCAAGCCAAUGUCUGUUGAUAUAAAAUUCCAUGAUGUCCAAGGGAAGAACUACCGAUGUGCAAUACCAAAAUUGAACAAGGAGAUUAUUCCAGAAAAAUCGAAGGUGGUUGUCAAGCCCACAAGGGUUAUCAUAACAUUGGUUAAAGCUUCAAAAGGCAGCUGGUUGGAUUUGUACUACAAGGAAGAUAAGUUGAAGCCAAACCUCGACAAUGAUCGUGACCCCAUGGCGGGAAUAAUGGACUUAAUGAAGAACAUGUACAAGGAAGGGGAUGAUGAAAUGAAGCGAACAAUUGCAAAAGCAUGGACUGAUGCAAGGUCUGGGAAAGUAGCUGACCCAAUGAAGGGGUACCGCUGAAUUAAAGGGCAAAACAGUAUGAGAAAAAAGGAAUUAUUGAAGCGUAAUUUCCCACAGUUAAUUGUAUUCUUCCUUUAGUAUGAGGUAUCCACUAGAGGGUCUCUGUCUUUUGAAAAGGAGAACAUGGUUAAAUAUCAAUCAGUCUUAACUGCAUCUUGAAUUCCAGGUGCGAUGGGUCACUCGAUUUUUCACUUCUUGACUUUCUUUUGCAUCACAAUUAUUAGCCGACUCAACUCAGGCUGCGUUUGGUAGAGGUGUAAAAUCGAACCGGGGUUUACAUUUUACCAACUAAUUACAUCGGUAAUCGAUGUAAUAAUUACAUUGAAAUUAUUUAUGCAUUUAUUA